AUGGGAAUCUGGACACGGGCAGCAGGAUCCACGGCUGGGAGCUCAGGGGUGGGCCCGGCUCCCCCAGGUGUGUACACCAGCCCGGUGGCAGUGGCCGUGUGGGAGUGGCAGGACGGGCUGGGCACCUGGCACCCCUACAGCGCCGCCGUCUGCAGCUACAUCGAGCAGCAGUUUGUGCAGCAGAAGGGCCAGCGCUUCGGGCUGGGGAGCCUGGCCCACAGCAUCCCCUUAGGCCAAGCCGACCCCUCGCUGGCUCCUUACAUCAUCGACCUCCCCAGCUGGACGCAGUUCCGCCAGGACACUGGCACUAUGCGGGCCGUGCGGAGGCACCUGUUCCCGCAGCACUCGGCCCCUGGCCGGGGCGUCGUCUGGGAGUGGCUGGGUGACGACAACUCCUGGACGGCCUACGAGGCCAGCGUCUGCGACUACCUGGAGCAGCAGGUGGCCCGGGGCAACCAGCUCGUGGACUUGGCGCCCCUGGGGUACAACUACACCGUCAACUACGCCACCCACACGCAGACCAACAAGACUUCCAGCUUCUGCCGGAGCGUGCGGCGCCAGGCGGGGCCCCCAUACCCGGUGACCACCGUCAUCGCUCCGCCGGGCCACACGGGGGUGGCCUGCUCUUGCCAUCAGUGCCUCAGCGGUGGUACCACCGGCCCCGUGUCAGGCCGCUACCGCCACUCCAUGACCAACCUCCCUGCCUACCCCGUCCCCCAGCCCCCCCACAGGACCGCCAUUGUUUGGGGCACCCACCAGGCCUUUGCUCCAUACAACAAGCCCUCCCUCUCCGGGGCCAGGUCAGCGCCCAGGCUGAACACCACCAACCCCUGGGCCGGGGCGCCGUCCUCCCUGGGGAACCCGCCCCUCUACCGCUCCAGCCUCUCCCACCUGGCGUCGCAGCACCAGUCUGCAGGACUGUCCACCACCGGCGCAGCCAGUGCCUCCCUGCCCAGCGGUUCGGCCAGCAGCCCCCGGAGCGUCCCCGCCACGGUGCCCGUGCAGAUGUCGAAGCCCAGCCGGGUCCAGCAAGCCCUCGCAGGCAUGACGAGUAUUCUGAUGUCAGCCAUUGGACUCCCUGUGUGUCUUAGCCGCGCACCCCAGCCCGCCAGCCCUCCCGCCUCCUGUCUGGCCUCUAAAAGUCACAGCUCAGUUAAGAGAUUGAGGAAAAUGUCCAUGAAAGGAGGGUCCCCAAAGCCAGAGCCAGAGCAGGUGAUCAGAAACUACACCGAAGAGCUAAAGACGGCCCCAGAAGAGGACUGCAUCAUCUGUAUGGAGAAGCUGUCCGUGGUGUCUGGGUACAGCGAUGUGACUGACAGCAAGACCAUCGGGCCCAUGGCUGUGGGCCGCUUGGCCAAGUGCAGCCACACCUUCCACCUGCUCUGCCUGCUGGCCAUGUACUGCAAUGGGAACAAGGAUGGAAGCUUGCAGUGUCCCUCCUGCAAAACGAUCUACGGGGAGAAGACUGGGACCCAGCCCCGGGGGAAGAUGGAGGUGUUCACGUUUCAGAUGUCCCUCCCCGGCCACGAGGACUGCGGGACGAUCCUCAUAGUCUACAACAUUCCCCACGGCAUUCAGGGCCCUGAGCACCCCAACCCUGGAAAGCCCUUCACUGCCAGAGGGUUUCCCCGCCAGUGCUACCUUCCCGACAACGCCCAGGGCCGCAAGGUCCUGGAGCUGCUGAAGGUGGCCUGGAAGAGGCGCCUUAUCUUCACAGUAGGGACGUCCAACACCACCGGGGAGACGGACACGGUGGUGUGGAACGAGAUCCACCACAAGACCGAGAUGGACCGCAAUGUGACAGGCCACGGCUACCCCGACCCCAACUACCUGCAGAAUGUGCUGGCCGAGCUGGCCGCCCAGGGGGUGACCGAGGACUGCCUGGAGCAGCAGUGA